AGAGAGAGAGAGACAAAGACGCGCUGAGAGAGAGAGAGAGAGAGAGAGAGAGAGAGAGAGAGAGAGAGAGAAGGGGCGAGGAUUUUGUUCACGCGGAAGCGUGGCCUGUGUGAUGGUCAGAAGGCCGAGAAGGGCCGACACUCUGUCGCCCCUGUCGUUGUUAUCAAAGCCAUCGCGGCUUAGCAUUGCGCUUGGAUUCGCGUUCGUGUUGGGCGUUUCCGCUUUGUUCCUUAUUCCCUACCUUUUCUAUGCGCUUGUCGUUUCCCGUGACAACAAUGGAGUGGGCGAUACCUCCCACUCCACCGGCGAAGGCGACGCCGGUGGCCACGGGAAGCUCGCUUUCCCAGGCUCAGUCAUUCGUCAAGUCUCUUCCUGGAGGGUCCCAACGGCGGACCGAUCGCGACGAGUUGUGGGAGUGGCAGUUUCUGUUGACGGCACCACAAAAGAUGCAGGAGAGGAGGAUGACGACGACCUCUCUCAGCCAGAGAGUAAUCUCUUCUUGGACGACUUGGGAGGAGGAGGAGGAGGAGGAGGAGGAGGAGGAGGAGGAGGAGGAAGAGUGGGGUCCUCCAGGUCUAGCCAUAGCAGAGGGAACUCUGCACUGGCCUUUUGGGGUGAUAGCAGCAGCAGCAGCAGCAGCAGCAGCAGCAGUAGUAGCAGCAGCAGCAGCAGUAGUAAUAGAGAGGAGGUAUCGCAGCACAAGCCAGAAUGGAUGAGGCUGGACGGACGACGGGUUGUGGGGACAAGACGAGUACCUUCUGAUCGUGAUCGUCUGGGAGCGUUGGGAGAUGGAGGUGCUUUAAUUCCAACCAGCUUGGCGUCCGAACCUUCUAGAACCCCCAGGACUGUGAUUGACAAGCUCGCCGACACCGCCUACUCGGAAGGUAGCAAGGCGUUGAAAGCAGUCGAGAUGGCCUUGACGGAGGAGAGUGAAAGGGCAGCUGCAGAACUAGGGAUUCUUGGCGAAGAUGAUGCAGGUGAAACUGACAAUUUGAACGUGAAUGGUGAUGCUGGUCGAGGAGGAGGAGGAGGAGGAGGAGGAGGAGGGAGGAAGUUUGCCUCAAUUGGGAGUAAAGAACCGUGCCCUUCUUCCGUGCUGACAAUGGCUGAAGACAUUGAUCCUGAGAAGCGGAUCGUUCGAAUUCCUUGUGGAAUGGUAGUGGGCUCGACGAUAACGAUCACAGCCAAGCCUCAGGGGAAGGAUGGAGGACCGGCCAGACAAUUUAUCAUUGAACUACUUGGGUUAAGGUUUUACGGUGGGGAAGAACCCCCAAGAAUUUUCCAUUUUAACCCUCGGUUAAGAGGGGAUUGGAGCGGACGACCGGUUCUUGAACACAAUAUAGGAUUUCGAGGACGAUGGGCAAGGGCGGAGCGAUGCGGCGGUGUCCCCUCACAAAGCAACGACCUAGUCGAAGGGUUGCCGCGAUGCGAGAAAUGGAUUGGAAGACUGAAGCCACGGUUGAGCAAUAGCGACUCGGACUCAGGGGACACAUCCUCCGGUGCCCUGAUGGAGCGCUACACAGUGUCCAAUGGCAAAGUUAGCUCCAAGGAGCGCUACUUCCCGUUCGAAGAUGGAAAGCUGUUUGUGUGCACGAUAAGGGCAGGAUUCGACGGCUUCCACAUCUUCGUGGAUGGAGAACACGCGUCUUCAUUUGCUUACAGAAAGGGUUUCUUCCAGGUGGGCUUUGUGACGGGUCUGAAGUUGCAUGGCGAUGUUGUUCUCGGCUCCAUUGUCAUCACAAAUCUUCCUACUAUUUCACUUAAAGCCGGCAACAACAGUGAUGCUUCUGCUGGUUCACAAUCGGAACAAGAAGGGAAGAUUGACCAGGGAAAGGCGGUGGCAGCACACAGACUGUUUCAUCAACGCCAAUCAUCACUUCUUCUGUUCGUCGGUGUGCUGUCCGCAUCGGAACACGUGGAGGAGCGGAUGGCUGUACGACAAACAUGGAUGCAGUACCCAGCACUAAAGCGAGGACAGGUCAUGGUGCGCUUCUUUGUAGGAUUGAGCAGAAGAGUCAAGGUCAAUAGCAAUUUGCUGAAGGAGGCAGAGAUGUAUGGAGAUAUGGAGAUCCUUCCUUUCAUCGAGCAAUACAAUCUUAUAGUGCUGAAGACACUUGCAAUUUUCCAGUUUGCAGUGCGGAACACAUCAGCAAAGUACGUAAUGAAAACGGACGAUGACACGUACGUAAGGAUCGAUGCCUUGAUACUUGAAAUUUUAAGGACUGGUCUUCAGGAGGGUCUUCUGCUGGGCAAUGUUAAUGAGUAUGUGCAUCCGUUUCGAGAUGGAAAAUGGGGCGUCUCACUCGAGGAAUGGCCAUAUAAUCAUUUUCCUAAAUAUGCAAAUGGCGCUGGUUAUGUCAUCUCCGCUGACGUGGCUAGAUAUGUUGUCAACAUACAUGAGCAAGGAGAUCUGAAG